AUGCUUGCUGCCCGCCCGACAGUGCGGGCCUGCUGCCUGUGCAAUCCUGCUGCCCGCCCGACGGUGCGGACCUGCUGCCUGUGCAAUCCUGCUGCCCGCCCUGCGGACCUGCUGCCUGUGCAAUCCUGCUGCCCACCCGACAGUGCGGGCCUGCUGCCUGCUCGGUGGUGCAGUCCUGCUGCCCGCCCGACAGUGCAGAACUGCAGCCCUGACAGUGCAAUCCUGCUGCCCGCCCGACACUCCGCCGCUGCGCUCACUCUGGCGGCCCGGCCCGCGCCCGGCCCCCGCCCCGGCCCCGAGUGUUUCACAGCCAAUGGUGCAGAUUACAGGGGAACACAGAGCUGGACAGCACUGCAAGGCGGGAAGCCAUGUCUGUUCUGGAACGAGACAUUCCAGCAUCCAUACAACACGCUGAAAUACCCCAGUGGGGAAGGUGGUUUGGGUGAGCAUAACUAUUGCAGAAAUCCAGAUGGAGACGUGAGCCCCUGGUGCUAUGUGGCGGAGCAUGAGGACGGCGUCUACUGGAAGUACUGCGAUAUUCCUGCCUGCCAGAUGCCUGGAAACCUUGGCUGCUACAAGGAUCAUGGAAACCCACCUCCUCUCACUGGCACCAGUAAAACGUCCAACAAGCUCACCAUACAAACCUGCAUCAGCUUUUGUCGGAGUCAGAGGUUCAAGUUUGCUGGGAUGGAGUCGGGCUACGCAUGCUUCUGCGGGAACAAUCCUGACUACUGGAAGCACGGGGAGGCAGCCAGCACUGAGUGCAAUAGUGUCUGCUUUGGGGACCACACGCAACCCUGUGGUGGAGACGGCAGGAUUAUCCUCUUUGACACUCUCGUGGGCGCCUGCGGUGGGAACUACUCAGCCAUGGCAGCCGUGGUCUACUCUCCUGACUUCCCAGACACCUACGCCACCGGGCGGGUCUGCUACUGGACUAUCCGGGUCCCAGGAGCCUCCCAUAUCCAUUUCAACUUCACCUUAUUUGAUAUCAGGGAUUCCGCAGACAUGGUGGAGCUGCUGGAUGGCUACACCCACCAUGUCCUGGUCCGUUUCAAUGGAAGGAACCGCCCGCCUUUAUCCUUUAAUGUUUCCCUGGAUUUUGUCAUUUUGUAUUUCUUCUCUGAUCACAUCAAUCAGGCCCAGGGAUUUGCUGUCUUAUACCAAGCCACCAAGGAAGAACCACCACAGGAGAGGCCUCCAGUCAACCAGACACUGACAGAGGUGAUCACCGAACAAGCCAACCUCAGCAUCAGUGCUGCCCAUUCUUCCAAAGUCCUCUAUGUCAUCACCACCAGCCCCAGCCACCCACCGCAGACUGUCCCAGGAUGGACCGUGUAUGGCCUGGCAACCCUCCUCAUCCUCACAGUCACAGCCGUUGUUGCCAAGAUCCUUCUGCAUGUCACAUUUAAGUCUCAUCGUGUUCCUGCUUCAGGAGACCUUAGGGACUGUCGUCAAUCAGGGGCUUCUGGGGAGAUCUGGACCAUUUUCUAUGAACCUUCCACUACAAUCUCCAUCUUUAAGAAGAAGCUCAAGGGCCAGAGCCAACAAGAUGACCGGAACCCCCUCGUGAGUGACUGAAGCCACACUGCACCGAGACAGGAGGCUGCUCCUGAGCUGAAGGUGGCUGGGGUCCCUUCCUCUGUAGCUCUCCAUUCACCUAGGUCUACAGACUUGGAAGGGGCGCCUGGUGCAGGGCACUGUGGCCUGGAGUCCUCCAUCACUUGCACUUAGGCUGAACACUCGAAGCUCGGCCCCUGGCCUGCAGCUCUGCCAAGACUGGGGCUGAGUUGACAGGACACAGCUGGACCUGAUUCUAGACGACUGUUGGGUGGUGGGUAGUUUAGUGUGUGAUGCAUUUUUAUUUUCUAUUUUGACCGUGUAUGGAUCAGUCUCCCCUGAUCUUUACAGUUUGGAGCAGAGCCAGACUGAAAAAAUUCUCGGGUUUUCUUGAAGGCUGGCCUGGUUCCCUGCCAAAUGUGGUUAGCACCUCAGAGUGCGCAGAGGCCCAGUGCUCUGUACCAGGCCUAUAGCGUUCUCUCUGAUGCCGACUAAGAUGUGCCUCAUCUAGUCUGAGGGGACUGAGAACAGGGUCACACUAGAUGUCUUCUUUCUAGAGGGUAUUUAACAAUACUUACUGGUCUGCAGGGCUAACCUGGGGAUUGAGCAUAAAAAAAUCUACCUGUUUGUCCAUGGGGCAGACAGAGUAAACUGCUUAUAUACUAGAUUUACCUUGCCUGGCCCCCAAGCAGUUCACAAGUCUGUGGAAUCUGAACUCAGCCUGUCCCUCUGUCCUCUCAGCUAACUCCUAGUUCAGAACCAGGAGUUUAAAGGCUGUAGCAUAGUAUGGGGGCUGUAGCUCAGUGGUAGAGAGUUUGCCUUGCAUACAUGAGGCCCUAAGGUCAUUGCUAACACUGCCAAAAAAGAGAGAGAAAACUGUAGCAUAGCUUGUGGGCACAUCCUGUGAUGAGACAGAGACCUGUGGAUCCUACAUGAGGUGUCUACCAUUUUAAAAGAAGAUCACAACUACCAAGAGCCAUGUCCUUUGUCCCUUAUCAGGGGGACAGAGUAGUUAGGGUAAGGGCUCUUGUCUUGCCCCAUCAAUCUGUCCCUUAGACAGGGAGGCAGACUACAGAAGCUGGCAAAAGGAAAAGGCAGGGCCUGGGAACUGGAGCUCUUUUCAGGAGAGGCUGAAAGAUUUAGAGUCCCAGUUACAGUGGCCGCCAGUUGUGAGAGGAAGGGCCAUCCCUGAUGGAGAAGUCCUGCAGUCUGGAAGUGACCUUUGUCAGCAGUAGCUGAGAGGAACAACCCGUGCCCUGAAGGGGGACCUUGGUCGCUCUCCUGCCAGCACUUGAGCUUUGGAGCUGUGCCUCUGAUCUCCUGGGUGCCCUCCUGGAGCACUGCUUACCUCCCCUGCGUCUCUAAGCCGCUGCCAUUGAGGCCUUUGUAGGGUUGGCCAGCCCGUCAGUAACUGGCUGCUCCCAGGACAGAAGACUGUAUGGGACCAUGGGAGAGCAUCCUCAGGGAGAGGCAGUGACCAGAGCUGAUGGGUAGAGAGGCAGCUGGAGGAGGAAACUGUGUCUCUACAGUGGGCCAGGGUUGCUGUCCAGCUCCCAUGGGAGGCCUGCAGGGUACAGAGCUGCUGGGGGUCAUCUGGAAAAGCGGCAGGCGCCUGGGUCUGAAGACAGGCUCACCACGCACAAAGACCGCUGGAGACAGACUGACAGGAGCAGGUUCCAGUCCGGGCUGUUCAUAGCGUGUGUGGGAGUCUCGGAAAGCAAGUGUUGAGUCACAGAGCACCAUGUGGUAGUACAAAGAGGAUGUGGGCUCUCCCGGGAAGGCUCAGCUGGCCAGGACAUUUGUCUGCUCACUGGCACCACCGCUCACCUGCUUCUUCACAUUGCAGGCUCAGGAAGGAGGAAGCUGCCCCGGUGGCGGCAGCUACGUUCAACUGCCCUUUACUGGCGUCCUCAGGAAGGGCAGUGGACGUGCCCACACUCCUCUUGCUGUUGGCCCGGGCACAGCCCAGCAUCCCAGUAUGCACUUCCUCUUUGGGGACCAGCCCCAGGAAACACAAGCCCACCUUACAAUAGCAUGGGGCAGUGGGAAGCUGUGAAUCGCCUAGGCCAAGCCCCCAGCAAUGACAGCACACUCUGUUAGAGCCUGUCAGCGGCAUGUGUACCAGUCGGGGUGAACGCGGAGAGGUGGGCAGCCCAAAGCUGAGUGUGCUGGGGUCAGGGUGUUUGAGUCGAGGUGGGUGGAGAUCGCCUGAGGAGAGCAGCACAAAAGACUGCUGAGACCCUGAGACCUUAGGUGUCAGCACAUGAAGACCCCACGGGUCUCACUGCUUAAAAAGUAGAGACAGAGUAGGGAGAAGCCUGUGUCUUCCCCACGUCAGACAGGAUGGGACUGUGGCUGCCUGGGGUGGGCAAGGUGACCAGACCUCUCAGACUUCCCAAACUGUGAGCCCCGCUGUGAGCCCUGGCUGCAGAU